AUGGUUCCCAACGUUGAAGUUAAACUCAGAAGCAUUGUUCCUGAAGUAUCGCACCAGUUACCGGUGGUGUUGACAAUUGCCGGCUCUGAUAGUUCAGGAGGUGCUGGGAUUGAAGCGGAUAUCAAGACCCUUUCUGCGUUCAAAGUGUAUGGACUGACAUGUAUCACGGCGUUGACAGCCCAGAAUACCAGGGGUGUACGGACGGUCACCAAAACCCCAAAAGAUACAUUGAGGGAUAUUUUAGAUGCCAUCUUUGAAGACUUUUUGACUGACUCGCACUCUCCUUUGAAAGCUAUUAAAACCGGAAUGCUUACUCUAGAGGCUGUCGAAGUUUUGGAUGAAUACAUUGACAAGAUUCACAAACACGACUUAAAGGUUGUAUUGGAUCCCGUGAUGAUAAGCACAUCGGGGUCGCAAUUGUUUGAUGAAGAAGGCAUAAAGUUGUGCUUGGGCAGCAUCAUCAAAUCGUCUCAAUUGGUGACCCCCAACUUCGAAGAAGCUUUGGUGUUGUAUCGACUCAGUAGUGGCAAAAGAGUUGUUGGUAGUGAGCUUUGUACUAUGGACUUGUUGGUAGAUUUUACCGCUAAACUUCAGGCCACUCUUGGCUGCGAAAAUGUGCUUCUCAAAGGUGGCCAUCUUCCAUGGAACAGUCACACCGGAACCCCUUUUCGAGAGGGAGAAGAUAUCAGUAACAAGGUCAUAAGAGAUGUGUUGUACGAGUCUAAGACGGGGAAAACUACUGUUUUUGAACUGGUGUCGGUGGAAUCGGAAAACACCCAUGGUACUGGCUGUACUCUAUCAUCAGCAAUUGCUGCAAAUAUUGCUUUAGGGGUUAAUUUGGCCAAUGCGGUAGCCAUCUCCAUUGAUUAUAUUCACAGGGGUCUUGUUAACAUGCCAGUGAAGUUGGGACUAGGCAAUGGCCCUUUGAACCACACUAUCAGUCCUGCUAGACAAGUGGAGAUGGUAGUUGCCCACUCCAGCGAAGCCAAUGCUGGGAAUGAGGUGGUCAAAAACAACACUUCUGUAUAUGAAUUCUUCAAGACCCAUCCGAAGGUGACCCCCCUGUGGCAGAAAUAUACUAGGCAUGGCUUUGUGGAGAAAGUUGCCAGCAAUAACUUGAAGUUCAACCAGUUUCUUUACUUCUUGAAGCAGGAUUAUUACUAUUUAAUCAACUACGCCCAGAUCCACGCUUUGGCAGCAGCAGUUGCUCCUUCGUACUAUCAAACACAUGAAGAAGCUCUCAUCAUUGGAGAAGUGGUUGAGGAAAUAGAAAAACAUCGGAAAAAGUUGACCAAGAAGUACGACAUUGACUAUGAACGAGACAUUAACAUCGAUGUAGAGUUGUCUCCUGGAAGAGCGUGUUUGGAAUAUUGUGAGUACCUUUUGGAUAUAGCCAAGCGCGAGGACUUUCUUGGAAUCAAGGUGGCUCUAGCACCUUGUCUUCAUGGGUAUUAUGAAGCUGGGAUUUACGGAGCUGAGCUCAGAAAGAACCAUGACGGAGCUUUAAAUGCCUUGUCUUUGCAGGAGCAUUCGGAUAUUUAUGAAUCGUGGCUAGGUGACUAUACCUCAGACUGGUACCAACAAGCGCAUGAGAAAGGUAUACAAGCGUUGCAAGAUUUGUUUGAGAAGAGUGAGAUUACUCAGGCCCGAUUAGAUGAGUUGGUGGAUGUUUUUGCGCAUGUGACGAGACUUGAGGUUCGUUUCUGGGAUGAGUGCCGGGAAUUGAGUGAAUAG